AUGGCUGAAGGCAAGCCGUUUGCAACCCCGCACCGUGACCGCUUUCUCCUGCUCGUUUCAACCCCUGAGCAGAUCGAAGAGCUGGCCGUAGAGUCAACGCGGAAACACAGUAAACUCUCAAGCCAAGGGAUCAUGGUCGACACGUUAAACCCCGAGUUCACACUUAACGCAAAAAAGGAAGACCCUGCAGGAUUCAUCGCUCCGAAUUUGCUAAAGCACAAGAUCCGCAAACACCUCUCUAGCAUGUAUUUGCCAAUGCGUUGGACUGUAGAAGACGCUUUUAGAAAAGAAAUGAAAGGCAAGCCACUCGGUGACGGAUGGUCGCGGGUUCCGCUGUGCUAUGUUGCAAAUCGAAUAACAGCCCGAAUGAACAACUUGCUACUUGUUGGCGAAAACCUUGCAAGCAAUCCCACCUUUUUUGAAUCAUCGAUUCAAUUCGUGACUGACGCUACAAUUACAUUGGCAUUUUUUAAUCAUAUACCAAAAAUUUUGUACCGCCCCAUAAGCUUCAUGACAAUGAACUGGAGCGGUGGCCGAAGCAAGGCAAAAAGUCUGCUCAUGUCUGAAAUAUCAAAAAGAAGAAGUGAGAGCUCAGAGGAGCAAGGACUGUAUAAGGAUUGCAUGCAAUGGGUGAUUGAAUCGUCGCGUGACAAGUCUACAGAAUAUAUUGCAAGGCAAUUACUUUCUCUCACGCUUGGCGGGGCGCAUCAACAACCGAUGUUUGCAGCAUUUGUGCUUUACAACUUGUGUCUGCAUUCGGAAUAUAUUGAAACACUGCGGGCAGAAAUUCAUACGAUCAGAGACAACGAGUUCGACAAGUUGAACAAUGGAACUCCGUAUCUUGAUAGCUUCCUUAGGGAGGUUGGGCGACUAAACCCGUUGACCAACAUUGCGUUGCCUAGAAAAGUCAUGUCGCCAUUCACAUUUGCGGACGGCACUUAUGUUCCAAAACACAAUUGGAUAUGUGUCCCACAUACACCCCUGAUGACCCUUCCCAAUGCCUACUCGAAUCCAGAGACCUUUCAAGGGUUUAGGUUUGUGGACACGGAAGGUAAUCGCUCUACUUCGAGGUUUUGGGAUAUGAGCCGGGAGUUUCCUUUCUGGGGCAACCCAAAAACGGGUUGCCCGGCUCGAUACUUUGUAUCACUGAACAUGAAGAUGAUGGCCAUUCACUUCCUUGAAAGUUAUGAUUUCAGGGUCGCCAAACAGGCCAUCCGUCCAACUUUCUCGUAUCAUGUAUUAGAGAUGCCGCAUCCCUUACUGGCGAUCGAAAUCCGGGCUCGAAAACCAGAAGCAUAG